UGCUGGAUCGAUACUUGCGGUCGGGAAGGAGUGAGCGCACAUUUCUAAUUGGAAACUUCAUGUCGCCCAAAUUUACGGCGGUGUGGGGGAACAAUUUGGUUUUUGCCUCUAAAUCGCGUGACGGGUGUGUUAUCGCGAUAGGUGAGACUAGGCGUGAGGGUGCAGCAGGUAAACAGGUAAGGCAGGUGUAGCUGCGGCCGCUCACUCCGGCUCCUCCUGGCAGGGAGACGCUAUCGCUCUGAUGGAAGUUCCUGGAACAUCUAGAUAAACAUUUAAAACGUAAGAAGAACCACAUUCCUCCCCCCUACACACGAAUGUAGUCGAUUGAGAAGUGAGGUAAGUCAUGUCGGCCGACACCCUGGACCUCCAGCUCACGGAGCUGGGCUUCCCGCAGCUCCUGCAGCCCGAGCACCCCGAGCACCCUGAAGAGGAACCCACACCACCCCAGGACCCGUGCUCAGAGUCCGAGGUACACGACCCCGUUGAAGAGACCCCCCGCUUGGAGGAAGAUGGACCCCCCGCCCACGAGGACGGACCCGCACACCUGCAGCAGGAUGCUGGCGACGACUCUGAUGACAGCGAGGUUUCAGAGUUGUACGAGGAAGAAGAACUGGACGACGAGGACGAUGACGACGAGGAAGAACUCAGCAAUGACCCGAGUCAUGCAGGUGACUACUGCUGCAGCAUCUGCGACCUCCAGCUUCCCUCCAAAUUCAAGCUCCAAGACCACAUGAACCUGCACACUGGAAUGCGCCCAUACCGUUGCGCUGAAUGUGGGAAGCGCUUCUGUCAAAUACACAACUACCGCGUCCACCUUCGCACGCAUGCCAAAUCCAAAGUGGAGCACCACUGGUGCCGCAUCUGUCUGACCGGCUUCAGUUCGCAGGAUUAUCUGAAACGUCAUCUGGAAAAAGUCCACCUGGAGGACUUGUUUUACGAAUGUGACCUGUGCAAACGUGUGUUUACCUCUCUGGGGGCUUGUCAGAAUCACAUACAGAUGCACAAGUGCGUGGUGAAUAUAAUGUGUGAAACAUGCGGCCGCAAUUUCCGGUCGCAAAAGUCCCUUGCGCGUCACAGGAAAAUGAAAUGCAAUCUCAGUUUUAAAUGCACAGAUUGCUCGACGGUCUUUACCACCAAGAACGCUCUGCUGAAACACAGCUUCUCUCACCUUGGCCUGCUGCCGUACACGUGUAUACGGUGCAGCUGCCAUUUUCGCCUGGCAAAGCUGUACCGCCAGCACAAGUGUGAACCCCAGCGUAUACACUGCGUGGCAUGUCUGAGGGAGUUCCUCAGUCAGGAGGACUUCCAGCGGCACAAAAAGGACACGGGCUGCUGGGGCAAUCAGGGGGCUACCCAGAAGACGGAUGAGAUCCGGUGUUUGGAGUGUGGCCAGAAGUUUGACACCUCAGAAGAGCUGAAGAAGCAUGCUGGCGCUCACCAGAGGGUGCUGAAAUGUGCAGAAUGUGGAAAGGGGUUCCGGUCAGCCUUGCUGCUCAUGUCCCACAUGGGCGGUCACGCCGGCAAGUCCCCCUGCUUAUGUCAGAGCUGUGGAGUGGGCUUCCCCCACCAGCAGAACUACGACAGCCACCUCAGGACCUGCGGGCAAACACCUCCUUCUGCAAGUGUUCCUAAGAAACGCCAGACCUUGAAGAGCGCUCAGCCUGAGAAAAAUCGCAAAGAUCGCAGUUUGGAACCCGAUGCAUCAAAUGCAGCAAACACAGCUGCUGUGGCUGAUGUUGUGAACAAACCUGCUGGACCUGCACCAGCGAGCCAUUCCAGCAGUCCUGGACUUGUGAAAAAGGGUGUGCCUGCAGCCUCUGGUCCAUCAGAGGGAGUGUGGAGUCUAACUCUCAAUGAAAACCCGCCUCCUGGAGCCAACCUUGUCUUGUUUCUUCCCGUCUGUCCUUCCCAAACUGACGAGCCACCGCGCUCUUCUGCGAUCCUUCAAACACUACCAGUCGCACCAGGGCACGCUCUGCCUCGAGCUUCUACAUCCCCAGUGUUGAGCAGUGGAUUGUUUGGGGCGAAUUCUGCUCUUAGCGUGGCGCACACCCCCCCUCUGGAGUUGUUGACUGAGAGUAAGGAGAAUAUGCCGGCACCUCUGGAUUUGUCUAAAAAGUGUAGCUCAUCCGAGUCUGCCGUGAGCAGCGCUCCUUGUCCUCCAAUUAAAAGCGAGCCAGAAGAAGUUGAAGUCUCAGGUCAAGCUUAUGUUACGGAAGCACAAGAAAUUAAAAGGUUUGAUGGCAGUAAAGAGAUUAUAAAAACAGAGGGAGACACAUACUCUCAAUCGAAGCGGUUAAAAAUGCACCCUACGAUUCUGUCUCUUCUCUCUACUAAAACUUCUCCUGGACUAACGGUAGAUGUAAAGAAAGAACCUGGUCCUGAUGCUGAUGUGUUAUCGUCCAGGUCCAGCCAGCUGAUAGACCACGGGCCAGGGAACAAAAUUAAAAUGGAAGCUGAGAUUUCUAGUUCCUAUGCUAGUGCCUGUCCUGAAAUGGAGAAAUGAAAGACCUUUUUUUAAAAGAAUCACGUAUUUGCAAUAAUCAAAUAAACCAAAUAAUAGCACUGAUGGUAUAAGGUACUGAUGAGUUUUCUGUACAGCACUGUCCCAUUAUUACUAGCCAGGUUUUUUGCUGUUAUUCCUACUUGCACAAGUAGAAACUUAAUAUCUGUGUCGUUACUGUGACUUUUGUUAAGUGCAUAUGAUUUCUUUUUUUUAUUUUUAUGUUAUUUAUACAAAAUAUUCAGCACUUUUUCUUAGCUGGGUCAGGCUUUGUGCAGCUAUGUUAUGCAGGAUUUCUCUGCAUAAAUGAAUAUUCUUGAUACCUGUCGAUACAUCCUUAUCUUUGUAUUUGUCUUUCUUAGGGAUUUGUCUGAAUUAUUCUUAAUAAUGGGUAUACUUUUUUUUUUCAUACAGGAAUUGAACAUUAUAGGUGAUACUGACAUUUGGUCACAUUAUGAUAAAAUGCUCUGAAUGUUUGUCUCCUACUGGUACACUGUUUUUUUUCUGGAGGCAAAUAAACAUUUGUUUGGUACUGCAUUCCUCAGUAAAGAAUUUGCCUCAGUUGUUAUUCAUAAUUGCAUUUUUGUGCAUAUUUUGUGUAUAU